CCUUCAAAUUUUUUAUUUAUUUUUCCUCAACUAUUGAGUAGUCGGUAGAGAAGCAAGAGGCAAACCAGGGAAGAAUUCGUUCACCAUGUAUAUAGGCCUAAGCAGCUUAAGAACUAGAACCCACUUUGUUUUUCCCACUCUCUUUCCUAAACCCAAAUCCUCUAUUUUCUCUCUCCUCACUUCUUCUACUUCUUCUUCAAUGUCGUACCACAAGGAGCUUGCUGCUGCCAAGAAGGCUGCCAGUCUCGCUGCCCGCCUUUGCCAGAAAGUACAAAAAUCAUUGUUGCAAUCUGAUGUUCAAUCAAAACUGGAUAAGAGCCCUGUUACUGUUGCGGAUUAUGGUUCACAAGCUGUUGUUAGUUUUGUUCUUGAACAAGAACUUUCAGGAGACCCAUUUUCCAUGGUGGCUGAGGAGGACUCUGGAGAUCUGAGGAACGACGGCGCACAAGAUACUUUAGAGCGUAUCAGAGUGCUUGUAAAUGAUACUAUUGCCAGUGAGAAUGCAUACAGUGUUUCACCUUUGUCGGCUGAAGCUGUGCUUGCUGCUAUCGAUAAUGGCAGGUCUGAAGGUGGUCCUGUAGGUCAACACUGGGUUCUGGAUCCAAUUGAUGGUACUAAAGGGUUUGUAAGGGGGGAUCAAUAUGCAAUAGCAUUAGCAUUGCUGGAUCAAGGAAGAGUAGUCCUUGGAGUCUUGGCUUGCCCAAAUCUUCCUCUAGCACCUCUUGGCGUGCAAAACUCUGCCAGUCAAACUGGCUGUCUUUUCUCAGCUGUCAUCGGUGAAGGAACUUUUAUGGAGUCACUUGAUGGUUCUUCCCCAGUCAAGGUCAAUGUAAACCCAACAGGAAAUCCUGAAGAAGCAUCAUUCUUUGAAUCAUAUGAAGCAGCUCACUCUUCCCAUGACCUAAGUAGCUCCAUAGCAAAUAAGCUUGGUGUCAAAGCGCCUCCAGUUAGGAUUGAUAGCCAAGCAAAGUAUGGUGCUUUGAGCAGAGGUGAUGGAGCUAUAUAUUUGCGAUUCCCACAUGCAGGUUAUCGCGAAAAAAUAUGGGACCAUGCUGCCGGAUCUAUUGUCGUUACAGAGGCUGGAGGUAUCGUUUCAGAUGCUGCAGGGAACCCAUUAGAUUUCUCCAAAGGAAAGUAUCUUGACUUGUACAAGGGUAUAGUAGCUAGCAACCAGAAGCUAAUGCCAUCCCUUCUGAAGGCAAUUCAAGAUUCCAUUGAUGAGAAGGCUGCAUCCUUGUAGUGCUGUUUCCCUGAUCUAAUUGUAGUGAUUAUCCUUCAUAAACUUCAGUCUUAUGCACUCAUUUUUCCUCUACUAAACGAUUAAUGUAAGGCGACAUACAUCAAAAUGUGGUACUUGCGUUUUUAGGAGCAACAACAUUUGAUUGAUGAUUGUAGAUGAGAACUGAAACUUUCAUGAGAAAUAAUUAUGACGAGGAUUCGAGGAAUCACUUGUUACUUGUUAGUAUAAUAUGCAGAUACAGAACCAUUGUUAUAAGGAUAGACAUGUUUAUAUACAUUUGUAAGUAGUUAUUACA